UAAGAAAUUAAAAAUUAGGUCGUCUUCUUAUCUGUGUGUUGUAAAACCCCAAAUCCCCAAUACAUACAACACAAUACAACACGCCCAAUCAAAUCAAAUCACAAACCCUAAUUCUCCUUCUUCAAAAUCCAAUCAAUCAAUCAAUCAAUAAUCCCCCUUUCCAAUCACAACAUCAACUCUUCACCUUCACGAUCUUCUUCCAGAACCUUCUCAAUCAAUCUCAGAAUCUCAAUUCCCCCAAAUUAGGGUUUCCAAUUUCAAAAUCUCAUAUCAAACAAUUGCGCAAUUCUGGCGCCUGUACACGCUAUGUAAUGGCGGAUUCGCCAGGUGUCCGCCACGUAUUCCAAUUCCUUAAUAUACUUUUACUGUCAUCUUCUUUGUUGUUUAUUAAAUUAGGGUUAGGGUCUGUUCGAAUUAGGGUUUGUUUGUUGUUGUUUUAAUUACAAGUAUGCUGAGUGUGCUGAGAGUGCACCUUCCGUCCGAUAUUCCGAUUGUGGGCUGUGAGCUUUCGCCGUACGUGCUUAUACGUCAUCCUGAUAAGACUGUUUCUACUGAAGAUGUUCCUGAAUCUGCGCCAGUUGAGGGUUGUUUUUUGAGAUAUAAGUGGUAUCGCAUACAGAGUGAUAAAAAAGUUGCUAUCUGUAGUGUACAUCCAUCCGAACAAGCCACUUUGCAGUGUUUAGGCUGUGUUAAAGCCAAGAUACCCGUUGCUAAAAGCUACCAUUGCACUCCAAAAUGUUUUUCUGAUGCAUGGCAACACCAUCGUGUAUUACACGAGCGUGCUGCCAGUGCCGUUAACGAGAACGGAAACGAAGAGGAGGAUAUUUAUGGGCGAUUCAAUAAUACAACAUCCGGGAUAAACAAUAAUAACAACAGUAAUACAAGUGUACAACCUGUUGUCAACGGUACAACGCCAUUAUAUCCCGCUGCAGUUACACAAAGAAACGGUGGUGAAACUUGGUUUGAAGUCGGGCGUUCGAAAACAUACACACCAACAGCAGAUGAUAUCGGCCAUGUUCUUAAAUUCGAGUGUGUUGUGGUAGACUCAGAGACAAAAACGCCUGUCGGACAACCAAACACUAUACUAACAUCUCGUGUGAUUCCUGCUCCAUCACCGAGUCCAAGGCGGUUGAUUUCCGUCACCAAUGCUGACGUGGCAGGCCAUUUGGAUUCAUCUUCGGGAACUUUUACUGUGCUUUCGUAUAAUGUUUUAUGUGAUUCGUAUGCUACUAGUGAUUUGUAUGGUUAUUGUCCUUCGUGGGCCCUCUCUUGGCCUUACCGCAGGCAGAAUUUGUUAAGAGAAAUCGUUGGCUACCUUGCAGACAUUGUUUGUCUUCAAGAGGUUCAAAGUGACCAUUUUGAAGAAUUUUUUGCACCCGAGCUCGACAAACACGGAUAUCAGGCGCUUUUUAAGAGGCGAACUACUGAGGUUUACAAUGGCAGUAAUCAGACUAUUGACGGAUGUGCUACAUUUUUUCGCAGAGAUAGAUUCUCACACGUGAAAAAAUACGAGGUUGAGUUCAAUAAAGCCGCACAAUCUUUAACCGACGCUUUGGUUCCUAAUGCACAGAAGAAAACCGCUUUAAAUCGACUGGUCAAGGAUAAUGUUGCAUUAAUUGUCGUUCUAGAAGCAAAGUUCAGUAACCAAGGUGUGGAUAAUCUUGGGAAGCGACAACUUGUUUGUGUGGCAAAUACUCAUGUGAACGUGCAGCAUGACCUAAAGGAUGUGAAACUGUGGCAGGUUCACACACUGUUAAAAGGACUCGAAAAGAUAGCCGCCAGUGCAGAUAUUCCAAUGUUAGUGUGUGGUGACUUCAAUUCAGUUCCCGGAAGUGCUCCACAUGCCCUUCUUGCAAUCGGAAAAGUUGAUCCAAUGCAUCCAGAUUUAGCUGUAGACCCUCUUGGAAUUCUACGACCUGCCACCAAACUUACUCACACUCUCCCCUUGGUUAGCGCAUACUCGUCGUUUGCUAGAAUUGGUUAUGAGCAACAGAAAAAGAGAGUGGACCCUAAUACAAACGAACCCUUGUUUACAAAUUGCACAAGAGACUUUAUCGGCACCCUUGAUUACAUAUUCUACUCUGCUGAUAGUUUGACGGUGGAGUCAUUGUUGGAGCUUUUGGAUGAAGAUAAUUUGAGGAAAGAUACAGCACUUCCUUCUCCAGAGUGGUCAUCUGAUCACAUUGCACUCUUAGCUGAGUUUCGGUGCAAGCCACGCACUAGACGUUAACGCUUUUAGGUUGAAUAAUGGUGAUAGAAGUGAAGGGAAACCAAUGUAAGUGAAAAGUGUGAAAAAAGUAGAUUUUGUAGGGAAUUUGUGCAAUGAUCUACUACUCUGUAUCAUGCUACCUUUGACUCAGGAAAAUCAAUCGUUUUAAUAGAAAUAUAAUUUCAGCAGUUUAACUUAGUCGUGACCCAUGAGUUGAAGUUUUCUCGUGGAGCAGGUGUUUCAAUGGUGGGGGGAAAUAGAGGAAUGAAAGAUGUGUGACACUUUUUGUUUGUUACUAUUUAAAUUCGUUACAUACGGCCCAGUUUGAAUUGAAUACAAAAGUUUUAAUGACAUUUCGUUUUUUGUUCUUGUUUCA